AUGCAAUGCUUCGUAUGGCUCACGUUGGUGCUGAUCUCGGCGCUGGGGAUAUAUGCCGCAGAAGACCAAGUGACCGAGUCAAAGACCAGUAAAGACCAUGAUAUUAUGCUACUAAAGUCUGUAGUGGAAAAUAGUGCUAGCCACCAGAAAUUUGAAGAGUUUGUGGACAAUGCAACGCUGUCUGCUGCGUUCUCAGGCUGUGGAUUGUGCCAGCAAACAGGCCAAUGUGACCACGCUUUUCACGGUCAGCCAGGUCAAUUUUGCAUUGGAAUGGCAUCAGGUGCACCAUGCUGUUGCCCAAUAAAUGCGCAAUGUGCUGCUGGUCCAUACGAGUGUCGCUGUCGCCGUGUUGUGCCUUCCCAUUACGGUGGUGACGACUACCAUCAUUACCCACAAAGCUCCUCCUCGUCAACGCGUCGUGCACAGCGCGAGAGAGAAGAGCAGUUUGUGUACGCGCAGCCCGUUGCAACGAAUCAAUAUGGCACGUACCCGGGACAGGAACCACAAGCUCCUUAUGCGUACGCGUCGGCUCCUGUGGCGUAUGGAUCGUCUCCGUAUCAUGAGCAUGGUGGUGGUAAUACAAUGGCAGCAGGAGCCUUGGGGGCGCUAGGAGGACUGGGCGUUGGUGCCGCAUUGGGCUCCGCGUUCGGUGGUCGCAACAACAGCCGUGAAUACAGCGGCGAUGUGGGUGUGUCGGACAAUACGUAUACUUUCAGUGGAGACACUAGCGGUGGUGGUUUUGCCGGAGAUGAUGGGCAAGACGAAACCUUUGCUGGUGAUUCGUGCUAA